AUGUUGUGUCCGUCACUCCAACAGAGUACCAAAGCGGCGUAUGUAUGGAUUGCUACACAUAAAGAGGAUCUUUUGCGAAUAGUAAAGGAGCUUGUAGUUCCAGUGUUUCGUCAAGAGCUUAACAUUUUGAAGGAGAAUAUCUCUUUCUUUCCAUCAUGGGGUGUAGCAGAUUGUCAACCAGAGUCAAGAAGCGAUACUGCCGCGCAGAUGGUAGUUUUCGAUAAUUUUUUUGUACGAGUGAUAUUGAGAGGUAUCACGGUAGCUGAGUUUGAGUUUGAGACAGCAAAGGAAAUUUUUAUUGCUGUGAUUGCUGACACGUUUAAUGUACCGCAUGCUGAUAUCGAAAGAGGGCUUAGAGUUUCUUCGUUGGAGAGUGUGGGUGUAAGUCAGAAUGGUGGGCUAGGGAUGUACCGUGAUCGCUGUGAAGAAAUAUUGGAAUCUGAGAACAAACUGCCACAAUUGACUCAAGUUGAUAUCGAUAUCGGAGGACUUCCAGUCUGGUCUCUACCCCUAUCUUCGCCAAGUGAUGGUGACUUGAAGGAACAGUUACAAAAGCUGGUUGAGUUUGAUUGUGUGUUACCCAGUCUCCUGAUGGAUCAGAUGUAUCACAAUGGGGUCGUGACAGCCGAUAAAUAUCUUGAAUACACCAGUUGUGAAGACAGCAGAAGUGAAUCGGAGAAAGCCGUAGAUUUUAUAAACAAAUCGAACAGAGAGCGUCUUGAGUCUCUUCGUAGAGUUAUUCAAACAAGUGAGAGUCAUAUCCUUGCAGACGAGAUUCUAGGUUUGUUCUCCAAAGGCGACAGAGCAUCGGUGUUGUCUUCUCAGAAAUCAUUUAGCACUAAGCGAACCCUUAGUUUGCCUUACCCUGGUCGCUACAAACACGUUCAAAUCUACGUUGGUAAGCACUGCGACGUUGUUGUUGAACUGCAUCGCAAAAAGUUGUUGAAUUUGUUUGAAGUGAAGUUCGGUAUUCAAAAAAAGAAGUGGAAAAUGGAUGAAAUUAUUGACUCUUCAAUGCACAGAGGUCGACACGUGUCUAUAGACAACAACACAAUAGUUUUUGUCUGUCAGAGGUACAAAAUAAUUGCUUUUGAAAUGGAACACUCUUCUUACGACAAUACGUUUGCUCAAGUCAAAGCAGAAGCUUUGCAGAAGGUGUUGUGUGAAACGCUACAUAUUUCAUUUGACUCAGUAAAGAUAUGUAAUGCUUUCGAAAGGUCGGAAACUUGGGUGUUGUUUUUAUUACCUCUUGAUGUUGUUUUUCGGCUAAUGACCGGUGUCCUUGAUAUCAUUCAGUCAAAGGGAAUAGACAGAAAUCUGUCGCUUUUUCUUCCAAAAGUAACCGCCGUGCGCAUGUACGUUGGAGGGUUGCCAUCCUUGCCACUGCGUUCUAUCCGUCGUAUAGAUGGUGACUGGUCUAAUACCGGGGCAGCCAUCGCCAUACCCGGAUAUGUAAGCCACGUGCUUGUGUGCAGAUCAUCAGGUGCCUAUCUCGUUAACGUAGAAUCUAAUGAAGUGGAGGAAGCGAAAGGAGACAACUUGGAUGUUCUAAAGGAUUGUACAGCACUUGUUAGUGUUGGAGACAAGAUGUACGCAUUUGGAUGUAGAUUAUACGAAGUGACGUACAGACGUCUCGAUUCCUCAUUCCGAUGCAUACAACUAGGAGACAAAGAUUGGAGUGGUACACUCACAGCUUGUCGAUACGGAAACGCUAUUCUUGCAGUUAAAAAAAGAACACUGAUGUUUGGCCUAAUUACACUUCCUCACCCUGAUUUUUGCUACGUCAAUGUCAAUACUGGAGAAUUCCAGGUUCUGUUAGCAGACCACGAUGGUUGUAGGGAAGUCUAUGCUCUUGCUAAUGUAGUAGACGACGAAGGUAAAGACAACGUAAUUGCUAUUUGCCACUUCUUGUGGAAGGUGAACAUAACAGUGAUAAAUGGAGUCGCCACUCACCUCUUCACGACGAAACUUAGCAGGAGCUGGCUGGGCAGGCUUGGAGGUUUGGCUGCGAAUAAAUUUUACGGUGGUCUACUAUUCCCCUCUUUUGAUCUUGUCGAUGCCUUGGAUUGUGUUUCUGGCCGUACAUGGCAAUUUACACGAUCAGCAGCUGUUCAUAAGAAGACGGUUUAUGUUGCAACGAACAGCGAUUAUCUAUCAAGGAACGUACUCGGUGGUCUCUUCCGAGUUGAUCCAUUUUCUUGUGGAGCAUAUUGGACUGUUUAUAAAGGCUUGGAUAUUCAUACCGUUGUGGAUGCGAAUAGGUAUCUAGUGGUAUUCACCACUGAUGAACUCUAUGUUCUAGAUGUAGACUAGCGUCUUUGUACUUGCGUGAAUUUGUUUGCUGUUGAUUUGCCCCAGCGUUAAGUGUUGUAUCAAGCA